UGCGAAUUUGAGUGACCUGUUGACCAGGAGGCACAGUGAAAACGUGAGAACAAAAACCACCCAGAGAGUGGUUGGAAUGAGAAACAGAAGUAUUUUGACUUCAUAUUCUCUCUGAGCCUGGGUUUUCUGAAGUCAUCACGCCUGUAGCAGAAGGAAAAUGGCCGCGUUGAAGUACAUUUCUGGACUUGGAAAUGAAUGUGCUUCAGAGGACCCUCGCUGCCCUGGUUCCCUGCCAGAAGGACAGAAUAAUCCUCAGGUCUGCCCCUACAAUCUUUAUGCUGAGCAGCUCUCAGGAUCGGCUUUCACUUGUCCACGGAGCACCAAUAAGAGAAGCUGGCUGUAUAGGAUUCUACCCUCAGUGUGUCACAAGCCCUUUGAAUCCAUUGACCAAGGCCAUCUCACUCACAACUGGGAUGAAGUGGAUCCUGAUCCUAACCAGUUGAGAUGGAAACCAUUUGAGAUUCCAAAAGCACCUCAGGAGAAAGUGGACUUCGUGAGUGGCCUGCACACCUUAUGUGGAGCUGGAGACAUCAGGUCUAACCAUGGGCUUGCUAUCCACAUUUUCCUCUGCAAUACCUCCAUGGGGAACAAAUGCUUUUACAAUUCAGAUGGGGACUUCUUGAUUGUUCCCCAGAAAGGGAAGCUUCUCAUUUACACUGAGUUUGGCAAGAUGCUUGUGCAGCCCAAUGAAAUCUGCGUCAUUCAGAAAGGAAUGCGGUUCAGCAUAGAUGUCUUUGAGGAGACGAGGGGCUACAUCCUGGAGGUCUAUGGCAUCCACUUUGAGUUACCUGACCUGGGACCCAUUGGAGCCAAUGGCUUGGCCAAUCCUCGUGAUUUCUUGAUACCUGUUGCCUGGUACGAAGAUCGCCAAGUACCAGGAGGCUACACUGUGAUUAAUAAGUACCAGGGCAAGCUUUUUGCUGCCAAACAGGAUGUCUCCCCAUUCAAUGUUGUGGCCUGGCAUGGGAAUUAUACGCCCUACAAGUAUAACCUGGAGAACUUCAUGGUCAUCAACUCGGUAGCCUUUGACCAUGCGGACCCAUCCAUUUUCACGGUGUUGACUGCCAAGUCUCUCCGCCCUGGAGUGGCCAUCGCUGAUUUUGUCAUCUUCCCACCUCGAUGGGGGGUUGCUGAUAAGACUUUCAGGCCUCCUUAUUACCACAGAAACUGCAUGAGUGAGUUCAUGGGACUCAUCAGAGGUCACUAUGAGGCCAAGGAAGGUGGGUUCCUGCCAGGGGGAGGCAGCCUGCACAGCACAAUGACCCCCCACGGGCCUGACGCUGACUGCUUUGAGAAGGCCAGCAAGGCCAAACUGGCACCUGAGAGGAUUGCUGAUGGCACCAUGACAUUUAUGUUUGAAUCUUCUCUAAGUCUGGCUGUCACCAAGUGGGGCCUCAAGACCUCCAGGUGUUUGGAUGAGAACUACUACAAGUGCUGGGAACCUCUCAAGAGCCACUUCACCCCCAACUCCAGGAACCCAACAGAGCCUAACUGAGACUGGAGCAUCGCUUUCGCAAUUGAGAUUGGAUUUGUGUGGUGUCUCUGAGAAUCUCAAGUCCUCUGAUAGUAUUGGGGGAAGGAAUUGGUUAAAAUGAUAACUUACUUUUCAUAGUCAAGUAACUCAGAUCCUGAUUUGUAGAAACACAUUUGGAGAGUUCUAUGGCUGUCAGCUUUGUUACUCAAUAAAUCCUUGCUAUUGUUCUGUGAAA